CAUGAAGCUGCUGGUUGCUGCUGCGCUCAUCGCGGGCUCCGUGAUCUUUUUGCUGUUCCCUGGGAGCUCCGUGGCUGAUGAAAAAAAGAAAGGACCGAAGGUGACCCAUAAGGUGUACUUUGAUAUCAAGAUUGGUGAUGAGGAUGUAGGACGUGUAGUAAUUGGUCUUUUUGGAAAAACUGUUCCUAAGACAGUUGAGAACUUUGUAACCUUGGCAACAGGAGAGAAAGGCUUUGGUUACAAAGGCAGCAAGUUCCACCGUGUGAUCAAAGACUUCAUGAUCCAAGGAGGAGAUUUCACUCGGGGAGAUGGUACUGGAGGAAAAAGCAUAUAUGGAGACCGGUUCCCAGAUGAAAACUUCAAGCUAAGGCACUAUGGUCCAAAUUGGGUGAGCAUGGCUAAUGCUGGCAAAGACACUAAUGGUUCCCAGUUCUUCAUUACAACAGUCAAAACUCCAUGGCUUGACGGGAAACAUGUAGUGUUCGGAAAAAUUCUGGAAGGCAAGGACGUUGUCGAAAAGAUUGAAUCUACUAAAACAGAUGGUCGGGAUAAACCACUUAAAGAUGUGGUGAUUGCAGACUGUGGAACGAUUGAGGUGGAAAAGCCAUUUGCAAUUGCCAAAGAGUAAUGUAAAAUUGAGGGAAAGACCCUGUUGCCUACUUGUCCAUCACUGGGUAAAUCAGAUCUGAGGACUUUCCUGUGAGCUACAUGCUGUGUAGCCUUCUCACUCCUCACUAACAAGGCAUGGGGAAAAACACCCAUGUCCAGAAGCUUCAGGCACAUAUCUAGGUCUGUCCUUAUACCCCUGAACUUUUAACUUCAGUUACUAAAGUUAUGAGUGGCCAGACGGUAAAUCCAUCUCUUGUUCCAAGGAUCAAGAACAAAUAAUUGAAUUAUACAUUCCAUCCACUAAAAAUUUGUACUCAAAUUUGAAAUGGACAUGUACAAUAAUUGUUGGGUUGAAUAAAAACCAUUUCUAUUAAAUGUUUCUCUUUUUUUU